AUGCCAUUCUUCCAAAAUCAGAACGAUGUCGAGACGCGUCUGUGCACAGCCGUCAACGUCGCUAUACGAGCAGGCGAUGCCAACCAGUUACAGUCAAUCGUGCUCCUGGAGCCGCUUGAGGCCAACCGCUGGCCCCCGGAUCAUCAAGAGCUUAUAAACUCGUUGAAGCAAAAUUAUCCUGCUUCUAAUCCGGGCUCUGAAAAACGUCUCGAGGAUCUGGUCAGACGUGUGGUGACUGAGACGGCAGAGUCUGAGGAUGAAGAGGGAAGACCAGUGCAAUCCUGGGGAUCGCUCGUCACGUUUCUUGUUGGAUGGAUGACCUUUCUGCGAGAUGUCGACGCCAAUAAUCUCGUCAUGGUAUUUGAAAUGAUGACAGAUCUUCAACCACGUGCCAAUAGCGCAUUGCAGCAUCCUACCAAGGGCAUCAUGAUGCUUCCCACCAUCAUGUACUAUGCCAAAGUCUUUGCACGGGUUGCAAUCGGCUUGGACAACAACCCUAGUCUGGCGCAACAGCUUCUAACUGAUGUGGAUGAAGACGGCCAGAGAGAAUCAUUACCAGAGAAGGCUGCCAACAUUGUACGACAAGCCUUCAUCAUAUGCUUAAACGACCGCAACACUGUGCCAGGUGGCAUAAAAGACGGCCGGCCCGACGGCAAGAAGGUGGGCAUCUACAAGAUGGCUAAUAUAUGCUUGAAGACUUUAUUUCAAGCAGACAAGCUGGGAAGUUGCGAAACCAUUUUUAAUAACAUUUCAAAUUCAUCGCCACCACUACAUUUCUAUCCUGCUGCGGAGCGGACAACCUAUCUUUACUAUCUUGGAAGAUAUCACUUCAGCAACACCAAUUUUUACGCCGCUCAGCUGGUUCUGGAGGUAGCCUAUAGAGGCUGCCAUAGGCAAUGCCCGAAACAGCGCCGCUUAAUCGCUGUCUGUCUUGUCGCCGCAAACAUUAUUCUUGGUCGCUUUCCAAAUGAAUACAUCUACAACGAUCCAGCUAACAUUGGCUUCCGCGAAGUCUUCGUUCCAAUCACUCAAGCCAUUCGCAAGGGCGACCUGGAAACCUUCCGCCGCAUCACAAACCUGGAUCUUUCGCACCCAAGCGCCGAUUUCAUGAUCAAAUACCGCAUAUUCUACCCCAUCGGCAACUACUGCGAAGUCCUCGUAUGGCGGUCACUCCUCCGCAAAAUCUUCAUCCUCACCGGUAGCAUAGGCGAGACGUCAAAAGCAGCAGCCCUACUCGACCUCCGUGCUGCCGUCCAAAUAUUCCGCUUUCUCGAGGCUCGCGUCGCGUCGACUACAGAGUCGAUGUAUAUUGAUCCAGACUUUGCCGGCUUGGAUAAUGUACAGCCCUAUAUCCACGAAUUUGACAUCCUGGAAUUAGAAUGUAUAUGCGGUAGUUUGAUUACGCAAGGGUACCUCAACGCGUAUAUUGCGCAGUCGAAGCAAAAGGUGGCGAUUCAGGGUGUUAAGAAUGGGAACCUGAAUGCUGGGUUCUUGGUGCCGUGGGAGGUCAACAAGGAGAGGAACAAGGACGACGUGCUGGGCUGGAAGAAGGAAGCUGGGGGCGAUGGCGGUAAAGUCGUUAGACUCUCGUUUGCAGCUCCGGCGGGCUCGUAA